CGUAACUAUGGCAACGGGAAGUAGCUGGGCAGUCGUGGAACGCAGAGGGGCUACUCUGUGUAACCAGCUGAUGGAGAAAUAUCUUGGAUAAGUAUUGAGAACACAAUGUCGGGUUCUACAUAACCCAUGUGGGCUUUUUCCCUGCUGUAACCAAGUGCCACUGAAUCGCUGCUUUUUCUGCUUUAUUCUCAUCAACAGUGAGAGUGCAAACAUGUCACUGUUUAAAGCUCGAGAUUGGUGGUCCGGGUCACUGGGAGAAAAUGAAGAGUUUGACCAAGGAUGUCUGUCAGUGGCUGAUGUUGACAACAGUGGGUCAGGUCAAGACAAAAUCAUUGUUGGUAGUUACAGUGGAUACCUCCGUAUAUUCUCUCCUCAUCCUCUGAAAGCUGGUGAUACCAUUCAGGCGGAAGAUUUGUUGCUUGAGGUUCAGUUAAGGGAUCCAGUACUCCAAGUAGAAGUUGGAAAGUUUGUUUCGGGUAUGGAACUUCUCCAUCUUGCUGUAUUGCAUCCAAGAAAACUCUGUGUAUAUUCUGUCUCAGGUACAUUGGGAAAUGUGGAGCAUGGCAAUCAGUAUCAAAUUAAAUUGAUGUAUGAACAUAAUCUACAGCGAACUGCUUGCAACAUGACUCAUGGGUCAUUUGGAGGAGUGAAAGGCCGAGAUCUGAUUUGUAUUCAGUCAAUGGAUGGAAUGCUGAUGUUCUUUGAACAGGAAAGCUAUGCGUUUGGACGAUACUUACCAGGGUUUCUUUUACCUGGUCCUCUGAGAUACAGUCCUAGAACAGACUCUUUCAUCACAGUCUCUUCUUGUCGACAGGUUGAAUGUUAUAAAUACCAGGUUCUUGCCGUUGCAACUGAUGCAGAUUCAAAAAAGGAGACAGAACAGCAAAAAAUAGCUUCUGGGAAGAGGCUGCUGACAGACUGGACUCUGAACAUCGGUGAGCAGGCACUGGAUAUUAGUAUUGUCUCCUUUAAUAACACCGCUUUCUCAAUAUUUGUUCUUGGCGAAAUAAAUUUCUUCUGCCUCAAAGAGAACGGGCAAAUCCGCUUCAUGAAAAAACUUGAGUACAGUCCAAGCUGCUUCCUUCCAUAUUGUUCAGUGAGUGAAGGAACAAUAAACUCUUUGGUCGGAAACCAUAAUAACAUGCUGCUUGUGUACCAGGAUGUGACACUAAAGUGGGCAGCGCAGCUUCCACAUGUUCCUGUUGCGGUAAAAGUUGCCAACUUCCAGGACAUGAAAGGGAUAAUAGUGACCCUGAGUGACAGCGGUCAGUUACAGUGCUCCUACUUGGGUACUGACCCCUCACUCUUCCAAGCUCCUAAGGUGGAAUCUCGUGACAUUAACUACGAAGAGCUGGACGUGGAAAUGAAAGAACUCCAGAAAAUAAUUAGGGAAGCUUCCAAAACACAAGAUAUUUUGCCAAAGGCUGAAAAAGAAGAUGACUUGAUUUUAUCAGCUUCUGUGUCUCCUGCCCUUGAUGUUGUAUCUCAAGCUGUUGACAUUACUUUGGAGUCCGAAGCUGUCCCUUCAGUAACAGUUAAGUUCUGCAUACGGACAAAACUGCAGGUACAGAAGACGAUACUCUCCAUAAUGGUUCCAUCAUUUUUAGCACUUACUCAGGACCAGUUCAUUUUUGAUUCAGUUGACCCUGGCAUACCUAAGACAGCAAGCAGUUCAGUUUUUUUGAGGGGUAACUGUCUACCCGCAGACCUUGAAGGAAGUGCUGUGGCAUCAUACAGCACACCUACAGAGCUGAACCCUGAAGGUGUUCCGCGAGUUGCGCAGUGUAAAUUUCGUCUUCCGCUGCGAUUGGUUUGCUCCCCUGUCCAGCCCUCUAAAGCAGCAAACCAUAAGCUGACCAUUGAUACCAACAAACCUCCUGUCAAUCUCAUUAACCUUUUUCCAGAUUUUAUAGAGCGUACAGAGGAUGACCAAGUCAGUGUUUUAGGAUUUCAGUUGCUUGCUGGGCAGAAGGUCACACUACUUGCUUCUAAAACAUCACAGAGAUAUAGGAUCCAGAGUGAACAAUUUGAGGAUCUUUGGCUUAUUACAAAAGAGCUCAUCUUGCGUUUUGAGGAAUAUUUCCUGAAACAAGGAAUUAAAGACUUUGCAUGCUCCUUUUCUGGACCAGUUCCAUUGCAAGAAUAUUUUGAACUAGUAGAUCAACAUUUUGAGCUAAGAAUGAAUACAGAGAAAUAUGAAAAUCUGCUAUCAGAACGCGCAGUACAGUUUCGUGCUAUUCAGAGACUCCUCUUAACCAGGUUCAAAGACAAGACACCGGCUCCACUGCAAAAUCUGGAUACCUUGUUGGAUGGGACCUACCGGCAGGUUAUUAGUAUAGCAGAUGCAACUGAAGAACUACAGAUCAGCCUGUUCCGGGCUUUCACAAAGCUGAAAAGUGCAACACAGCUGAUAAUUCUGCUAAUAGGAUUGUGGCAGAAACUUAGUAAAGACCAGAUCAACAUUUUGGAAGCCACAUUUCUGCCACUGUUACAGGAUGGGCAAGAAUUGGGUUGGGAAGAGACUGUAGAUGCAGCACUGUCUCAUAUGUUAAGAACAUGUCUGUCCAAAAGCUCUAAAGAACAGGCUCUUAACCUCACAAGUCAACUCACGAUUCCAAAAGAUACAACUAGGCUGAAGAAACACAUUACCUUGCUAUGUGACAGGCUGGCCAAAGGUGGCAGGUUGACUUUAAGUGCCGACUCUGGAUCUCAGCAAGACAUUGUAAUGCCAGGACUCCCAUCCAGCCCCCCACCAGUAGCAGUUGGGAAUGCAUAGUUCCAUUCCUUUGUGAUAUAUUAUUAGCCUUGUUUUCAGUUAAAGCCAGCUCAAAAUUGCAAUGUGACUAUCUCAUGUCCUAUCAUUAUACACUGGCAUCACUAGGAGAAAAUGUGGGGACGCAAGAUGAGAAUGAAGAAGACGGCGCUCACAAUCGCUUCUGACAUCACCUAGGUGGACUGCUACAAAAUGGAGAUUAUUGAACCAUUCAAGAUGCUGCCUUGGUAGUUAUGGGCAGAAGAUGGACAACUGUGAUUUAAAACUGGUAUCAUAAAAUAUGUUUUAUAUGUUUUCAGGUCAUGUUAGCUACAAUCCCAAGUUUAUAGAGCAAUCACUGAACUUGUUUUUGUAUGCAGCUAAAUCAUUUUGUAGUUUUAAAAUAAAAAAUACACAGCAAUUUUAUAUAGAUUAUGUAUGAAAUUGAAUCAUAUUUUGCAAACCAUCUGUGGUACACAGAUGGCUACUUACUCUGUCCCUUGGGCUACUUAAUGCAAUAACCCAAAUCAUCCGUACACUUUUGCCAUUAGCCAGAUUGUAUUUUUUUUUAUCUGUUGUUUCCCAAUAAUCAAUAGUUUAUUGAAAUCACCAUAUGUCAGCAGCUGCUUUCUGACUUAGAACCAUGUUGCAUUGUGAAAAUUGCUGGGAGCCAUAAUAUUUUCUUAUCCCAAACAAUUGUAAAAUGCUAAGCAAUUCAUUUACAAGUUGUGAUAUAGGUAAAUGUUUAUAUAUUUUUAAUAAUGUGUAGCAUUGUGACUAUAAACGACUGUGAAAAUUGAGUUAAAAUAAAU